GUAAUAGUCAGAUGUUUCAAACUAAAACAAAACAAAAAAGCUUUAGAGAAUAACACACUGUGCAAGAGAGACAAGCGAUUCUUAAGGAUAAAUUAAGUCAUUAUCCUGAUAUGAUACCGGUGAUAUUAGAGAAACAUCCAAAAUCUAAGAUCUAACAUUUGAAUAAACAAUUGUACUUUCUACCUUAAAAUAUUGAUAUUUAGUCACUAAAGGCUUUCGGAUGAUUCAAUUCCGUGAUACAAUAAAAAGCACUUUAUAGAUUUCCCCUAAGUAAUCUCUAUACUUUCAUAUUGGAAAUCAAUUGUUACCUGAAGGUAUAAUUAAUUGAAAGUUAUGCUUAGAUAUUAAAUUGGCAGAUAUUUAUGAGAAGAAGAAGGAUUCAGAAGAUGGAUUCUUAUACAUAACUUUCUCUGAUUUAGAAGUCUUUGGAUUCAAUUCUAAUUGA